UAUUUUAGCUAUAGCGGGGGACUACAGUGGCGCGAGGCUUUUUCCGAGGCCAGUUCAGUCUCCUUAUUGUCGUGACUAAAAAAACCCCGCCAACCCCCCUUUGAUUUUUAUUAACAAAUUAAAAACGAUUUCCUUAACUGCAUUAUUAUUAUUAAGGUGAUAGACAGACAAGUGUCAGACGUGCAGCUGGUUCGGUGUCGUCCGUGGAAUUUCUUCGCUAGAGAUGGCGGGGCAAGAUCCAAAAUGGCAGAAGGACGCGUCGGACCAAAAUUUCGAUUAUAUGUUCAAAUUACUGAUAAUUGGUAAUUCAUCAGUUGGUAAAACGUCAUUUCUCUUCCGUUAUGCCGACGAUUCGUUUACUUCGGCCUUCGUUUCCACGGUUGGAAUCGACUUCAAAGUAAAAACAGUCUUCAGGAAUGACAAAAGGGUUAAGCUACAAAUCUGGGAUACCGCGGGACAGGAGAGAUAUAGAACCAUAACGACGGCCUAUUAUAGAGGCGCGAUGGGCUUUAUUUUAAUGUAUGAUAUAACUAAUGAAGAUUCGUUCAACUCAGUACAAGACUGGUUAACGCAAAUAAAAACCUACUCGUGGGGCAAUGCCCAAGUUAUAUUAGUAGGCAACAAGUGCGAUAUGGAGGACGAGAGAGUUAUCAGUUUCGAGAGAGGUAAACAACUUGCAGAACAAUUGGGAGUGCAAUUUUUCGAAACGUCCGCUAAGGAAAAUGUUAAUGUUAAGGCGGUAUUUGAGCAAUUGGUGGAUAUAAUAUGUGACAAGAUGAGUGAAUCACUUGACAAUGAUCCAACACUGAUGGCAAGUGGUGCAGGUCCUGCAAAGGGUCAACGACUCACGGAUCAACCAGUUAACCCCAAGGACACUAAUUGCAACUGCUAAAGUACUUUGGCACGCUUGGCGUGCUAAUGAGAUGCUGGGUCCUAGCUAGUUCACCUCUUCGUCGUUCCUUCGUUCUUCAUCAUAAUUAAUUUUUUUUCGUGCUGAUGCGACGACUUUAGAGACGGUUGCCCGAGCUUGACCGUCAAUUUUGACAAAAUUGCCAACGAAUACAUAUUUAAAAAAAAGAAAACCCCUUAAGUUCGCGGGCGAACAUCAGACUUAUUGUGGUCGUCGCGAUGCGCCUCUCUUCUAAUCUAAUCCGAAAUAUUUUUUUUUUAUUUGCAACGCGACACGACGUUGACAUGCACAAUUAUACUAUACCCAUUAAGUCGGUAACCACUUGAAUUAUAUAUAUAUAUAUAUAUAAAGCUCGGGCAUCCGAAAACGACGAUGUCGAAAUGAUGUUAAAUUAUGUGCCGGCUGAAGUAAUAAGGAGGACGACCGAAAAUGCUCUUUUCGUCUCCGUACAUUUCAAAAAAAAAGAAGAAGAGUAAGUGUGAUGUCAAGUCUUCUUUAUUCACCCGCCCCCUUAGAUAUUGUACUCCACGCGCUCUUGAUUGAAAUCCAAAAUGUAUUUUUCUUAUCAUGAGCGUAUACCUGUUCCAUAUUAAUAGAAAACUCAUAGACUAAUGGAAUUUUUCAUUUAUUUAAAUAAAAAAAAGUGAUUCUGCACUAGAGCAGUUUCAUAUUUUUUCACUUCCCUAAUUCGAUAUAAUUCAAAUAUUUCAAAGCGUACGAGAAAUAUUUGAUAUUCUUUUAAAAACUCAUUGUCAAAAUGUACAAUUAGAAUUUUCAAAACGACUUAUUUAGAAGAAAAAAUUUUUAAUUAAAAAAUGUGUGUUUAAAAAAAAUUUAGUUGAAAAAAAGAAGAGAGAGAAAGUGUAAUUAUUAAAAUAUAUAUUAAAUGAAAAAUCAUUUAGAAAAAUAUCUCAAGCACUGCUAAAUAGACGAGUGAAAAUUGCUCGUCGUGUUUUGGAGCUGUAUAUGCCAAAAAAAAAAUGAUAAUAUAUAAAAGCGAAUAUCAUCGUAAAAAAAAAAUAUCACGUGAUAUUUAUAGUAGACAAAUUUUCAAACUGAAUCUAAAAUUUAUUUCCUGUUGAACAUUAAUGUUUCAGAUAGGAAAAAAAAUGAGCGAAAUGAAAGGAAAAUAGUUUCGCGUAAUUACUGUCGACGGUUGUUAAAAUACACAUUAAAAAAAAAACUUGAAUAUACCAAAAGCCGAAAUUUGUUUUUAUCAAAAAUUUCUGAUAAUUUAAAUUAUUUAAUCCGUUCUUAAAAUAUAAUUUAAUUAGUGUUAAUAUUUAAUUAAUUUUAUAAUUUAAAAAAAGAAACAUUUUUAAUGACAAUCAUUUCUGAAAGUCAUGCAGUACUUUAUAUAAUGAAUUCCAUUAUUUUAAUAAGUAAUUGUGUUCUUUUUAAUUAUCAUACAUAAAAAUAAAUAAAUCUAUUUUCAAUUAAAACUUCAAAUAAAUCAAUAAGAUAAGUUGUUCAAGUUCAUCAAUAGAAUUUAACAGUUAAAAAAUUAAUCAUUGGAAAAAUUUUAAGAAACGUAGAUUAUAGAUGUGUUGAGUAACAUUGUGAAUAAAAUUUUAUUUUAUACACGAUGUAUUGCAUAGUGGGAAAAAAAUGUUUAUUAUUUCUAAGAGUUCAAUAUUACAUAUGCACUCGGUAAAAUUUCAAUCUUAGUGAAUUUAAAAAAAAUCCUCUAUUAGUAAAUUUAAUUAUAUACUUGUUUUCUCUUAUAAUGAAUUUGGUAAAAUGUCAGAAUAAAAUAAAAAUUGAUAAAAAGAAAGAAGAAAGUAAUAUUUAUUAAAUAUUUUACGUUUUGUUUCGAUACUUAUUAUUUUAUUGGAAUAAAUAUUGUAUAUUGUUUAUAAUCAAUGAUGCAAAAUAUUAGAAGAUUCUUGAUGUAACUGUACGUGUAUGCUUAAAAAUUAUGCAAAAAAAAAAAGUUAUACAUAACAUCAGAAGCGUAAAGAAAAAUAUAUUCAUGAGAGUAUUAUCAUUAUAUUUAUCAUGUUCAUAUAGAAAAAUUGUGAUUUGUUCGCUUCUUGUGUUGUUCAUAUCAAAGAAAUUAAUGUGCGUCAAUUACGUCGACGAACAAUGGCACUCGUGUCCACGUUAGUACUUCAGCAAUGUCACACGACGUUACCUACUAUAUAGGCGAGCUGCCCUCUGUACAUAAAUAAAUAUAUAUUAUUGACUCUGUAAUGAAGUGUAUGUAAGAGUUACUUAUCCGUGUGAAUUAUAAAAAAGGGACCUAUUCUUAUUCGCGGAAUAGUAACCAAAAAAAAAGUCACAAAUAGUCCGCGCCACCGUGUUGCUGCACGAAACUUGUUGAAAAAGUCUAAUAAAAAAAACAAGUGUUUCGAAUUUAAUGCUUCAAAUUCAUUAACGCAUUGGUAAUGUAUUUCAGAAUAAUGCCAAAAAAAUUGUCCACAUCAAAGUGUAUUUCGUUAAAUCCGUAUUUUAUUAAUUAAUCCAUGAGUUGCCAUAUUGGAAAUUUGUUAAUUAUCUCAAAAAUUCUUGAGUAAUUUAAACUUUGAUGUUAAAUUUUUAAUUAAUAUUUUAAUUAGUCAAGUUUACGUUUUUUUUUGUCAGUUCCAUAAUAUUUAAUUGUUGAUUACUGACUUGUGUAAGAUUGUAAAAAUUAAGUGUUUAACUUGAGGUGAGUAUACUUGAAUUUCACUUUGAUUUUUAAACAAAGAAAAUGGUGUAUAAUUUUAAAGUUCAGGUUAAAGAAAGAAAAAUACAAUUUUACGAAUCCAAUGUCCACUGAAAAUUGAAUUUGAACAGUAAUUUCAAGUAUAAAGAGAACGGAUUAAUAUAUAAACACUAUAAUCGGUGGACGGGCACUUGUAUGUAUGUAUUGUAACGUAUGUAUAACAAUUAUGCCUAAUAUUAUUAAUGAUUAUAUUAAUAAUAAAUUUAAAGCAUGUUGUGAAAAAAAACGUAUAAUUGACAAAAAAAAAAAGUUAUAUGUUAUACCUGUACUUCGACAAGGGAAAAGAUUAUUAAAGGAGACAGGAUCAGAAAACACGAAAAAUAUAUUCAUACAAACAAAACGUACAUUGCAAGAUCGUGUAAACGCGGUAUAAAUAAAGCUAUAAUUUACAAA